GACAUUUUUAAGGAGACUAGGACCAAGCAUAGAAAACAUUAAAAGAGGUAUGGGCUAGGGUUUGAGAACACGUUUCUUAAAGGGACAUGGAUAAAGGAGUCGAUUGUCAAGGGCGUGAUGAGGAAGACUGCACUCCUGCUCUCCCCCAUUGUCCUUUCUGGCUCCUCCAGGUUCCCUCGACCCCGGAACCCCAGUUCCCAGGCUAUGACCCCCAGUGCCUUGUAGACCUGGCGGGCCCCGCGUGCUUGCGCCCCCUAUUUGGGGCUCUGGGUGGCUACUGGAGGGCCUUGCAGAGGGGCAGAGAAGGCAGGACCAUGGCAUCUAGGGCCUCUGAACCUCCCCCAGGGCGCAGCGUGACGGCGGGCAUCAUCAUUGUUGGAGAUGAGAUCCUCAAGUUCCCUGACCAGGGAUCAAACCCACGCACCCUGCAUUGGAAGCGCGGAGUCUUAACCACUGGACCGCCAGGGAAGUCCGAUGGACACACUCAGGACACCAAUACCUACUUUCUGUGCCGGACACUGCGCUCCCUGGGGGUCCAGGUGUGCCGAGUCUCUGUCGUACCCGAUGAGGUAGCCACCAUCGCGGCUGAGGUCACGUCUUUCUCCAGCCGCUUCACCCACGUCCUUACGGCAGGGGGCAUUGGCCCCACCCAUGAUGAUGUGACCUUCGAGGCAGUAGCACAGGCCUUUGGGGAGGAACUCAAGCCACACCCUGAGCUGGAAGGGGCCAUCAAAGCCCUAGGGGGGGAGGGCUGGGAGAAGCUGUCGCGGGUGCCCUCCUCUGCCCGCCUACAUUAUGGCACAGAUCCUCUCACUGGCCGUCCGUUCAGAUUCCCACUAGUCUCCGUCCGAAACGUCUACCUCUUCCCGGGAAUUCCGGAGCUGCUGCGGCGGGUGCUGGAGGGGCUAAAGGGACUGUUCCAAAACACAGCUGUUCAGUUCCACUUGCGGGAGCUGUAUGUGGCAGCUAAUGAGGCUUCUAUCGCCCCCAUCCUGGCUGAGGCCCAGGCCCAUUUUGGGCGCAGGCUUGGCCUGGGUUCGUACCCUGACUGGGGCAGCAACUACUAUCAGGUGAAGCUGACACUGGACUCGGAGGAAGAAGGGCCCCUGGAGGAAUGCCUGGCCUACCUGACUGCCCGUCUGCCCCAGGGAUCGCUGGUCCCCUACGUACCCAACGCCGUGGAGCAGGCCAGUGAGGCUGUGUACAAACUCACUGAGUCAGGGUCUUCUCUGAGAGAAAAGGUGGCAGGCGCCCUACAGACCAUUGAGACUGCCCUGGCUCAGUACGGCCUCACCCAGCUCUGCGUGGGAUUCAACGGGGGCAAGGACUGCACCGCCCUCCUGCACCUCUUCCAUGCCGCUGUGCAGAAGAAGUAUCCUGAUGCUCAAGAGCCCCUCCAGAUCCUGUAUAUCCGCAGCAUCUCCCCUUUCCCUGAGCUGGAGCAGUUUCUACAGGACACCAUCAAGAGGUACAGUCUGCAGGUGCUGGAGGCUGAAGGUGACAUGAAGCAGGCCUUGAGCGAGCUGCGGGCACAGCACCCCCAGCUGGAGGCCGUGCUGAUGGGCACCCGCCGCACUGACCCCUACUCCUGCAGCCUCUGCCCCUUCAGUCCCACUGACCCAGGGUGGCCUUCAUUCAUGCGCAUCAACCCACUACUGGAUUGGACCUACAGAGACAUCUGGGACUUUCUGCGUCAACUGUUUGUCCCAUACUGUAUCCUGUAUGACCAAGGCUAUACGUCACUCGGGAGCCGGGAGAACACGGUGCGGAACCCGGCCCUGAAGUGCCCGAACCCAGGAGGACAGCCCACCUACCGUCCAGCCUACCUGCUUGAGAACGAAGAUGAGGAGCGGAACUCCCCACCCAGCCCAACCCCCAUCAAGACUCCUGGGGCCAGCUGUGCUUGACCAAGGAUGGGCCACAAACGAUGAGUGAAGCGUGAUCCUGC